GUCAAGUUAAAAUUUACAUGUCGUUUUCAUUUCUAAAGUCCUCUAUGAUUUUCAUUUGUCACACAGCUCAGUGUGUCUGACCACAUCCAUUGCAUAGCACAUACACAUGCUUUGUUGUAACCUUCACUCUCUGAUUAGUCUGAGACUUUGCAGUUGUGCUUUGUUAGAACCAUAUAGUGCUGCAGCAUAAGUUGAAUAUUGGAGAAUUAAGAUGCAUUGUUGCAUAUUCUUAUGUAAUGUUACAUCAUUUAACUUGAUGCCACAUAAAUCCACGAGCUUCUGCGAUGAUUUCUUCACGCAAGUAGAACCUGUAUUAUUUUUGCCAAGUUGGGUGUUAAAUUCAAUGGUGCCAACAUUUUUCAAUUGAAGUAUAGAACUGGUAGAACUUAGAACUAUAGUAUUCAACAACGGUUUCGGUUAGCGAGAUUCGCGUCAAGAGCAAAACCACAAAACAUAUGAAAAUUCAAACUGUUUCCUGCAAGAAUUUGUUGUGGCUGGCACUGUUGGCGGCACUGUGUACUGUCAGAUGAUCCAUGGAUUUGUUCAUUGGGAAACAUAAUCAGGAUGAGCCUGCAGAAAUCUAUCUGAAUAAAUUCGUGAACUUGUUGAUGUAAAACGAAAAAAGUCAAUUAUAUGCAAAAUUAAUUACUUCAACAUAAACAACUGAUAGUGUCGAAUGACCACACAAUCUAAGGAAGUCACUUCAAGAGGAGCGGAAACACUGUGGCCUCCAUGUAAUCACGCCCAUCUUCGAGUAUGAUUGGUUACCAAAGGAAUUCAAACAAUAUCCAUAUUUCAUUUGCUCGCAGGGUUUGUACAAAGUUACCUGUGCCCGAAAGUAGAUUAGAUCUCCGGAGGCGAUCAACUCAGUCUUCAGCGGCCAUCAGCGCAACUCCAAUGCAGCCGAGGCCGUCACUUCCUGUCUUGCAGGUCACUCCCAGUAUGCGUCCUGGAACUGGCGGAGUUGAAAGAUCGUUCAUCUCACCAAUGACGUCUAUGCCAUUGAUGGCGACCAUGGGACCUGUCACACCAAGAGAAAUCUUACCAGGAAAUAGAUCAAUAUUGGAUAAGUUUGCUGAUUAUGUAAUGGGAGUUGGUCCAUCAUUUCGAUAUGCCUUGAUCUGUAAAAACUGUCACAGGCAUAAUGGUAUGGCAUUCAAAGAAGAAUUUGAAUACUUCUCGUACUAUUGCUGUUACUGCAAACAUUUUAAUCCAGCUCGUAAGCAACACUUAUCCAAUCGUAGGAUAGAUCAGUCUCCGGGAAGCAUGAUUGCUUCCAACUCAAAUAUCUCGGAAUCUUCAGACUCCUCUGAAGAUUCAGGUACAGAGGUGAAAAAAGACGUAGGAAAGGUGUCAGAUGCAGAAACUUUAUCAGAUGUGGAAAAAAGGUCAGACCCAGGAAAAUUAUCUGAUCAAAAGGGAACCAUUGACAAGGAAAGAAUAUCUGAUGUAGAGAAAUUGUCAGACUUUGAUAGAUUAUCGGAGUUUGAUAUAAAAGAGCAAGAAAAUGGUGACAUCCUAUCCAAUGUUGAUGAGAGUACAGCAGUCGCAGAAGAUUUGGAGGAAAAUGAGCAUGUGGGUGAAGGAAAUACGGUAGAAGGUAAAAUUGAAGACUCAGAAAAUAAGGAAAAGGAGACUGACUGUUCAUCCACAGAACCACGUAUACAAUUGUGAGUGCUUAAAAUUCUAAUAAAAGACUGAUAUUUGCAUUAUCAAUGGUAACUUCAGCAGUCAUCCAGAUCCCAUUUUUUGAGCACUUGCGAGUGUCGGUUAACAAAACGUUGUUUUGCGGCCAAACAUCAAUUUGUAAUUUUGCCUGGAGAAUAUCUACUAAAUCCAGGCAGCUCUAAUAAAUAAUUUGAAAAAUCCAGAAAAUGUAAUUAUUCAAGUAAAUUUGGCUGGCUAUUUCGGGAAAACUGAAUUAUGAUUUAUCAUUUAGAGUGGUGCAGCCAGCUAAGAGUGAAGCCUUAUUUAGUUGAGGUUCAGGUUUGACAAAAUUGUACAGAUUUGUUCAAUAUUUACAAGAGAUGUAGUCAUGAUCAAUUUCCUAGAUGAGUUCUAGGUUUGGUAGAUUUACUGACACAUCAUAAAUAUACAUUUAUGAAACACGUUAAUCUGCGAGUUAAACAAAUGUAUUUCUGACAGAACUGUUUUGUUAUGAUGCGAAUUAUUGUUUGCCAAUUUUCUUAAAUAGAAAAUUCUGAGCAGAUUUCGGAAAUAAUAUCAAUUAAAAGUGGAUAAAGUAAUGUUAGUGUUGUACGAUUGAGAAUUUAAAAAUGUGCUGCUGGAGGGACCAAUGCAUUGUGAUGACAUCUUCAUAAUACACCAGUAGCUACUAGCAUUUUCAAUAUUAGUCACCAUUUGUAUUGUUUUAUGAGUAUUAUUGUAAAAUCCUGUGCAUUUGUCGACUGAUUUUGUGAAGAGUAUUCAUAAAUCAUCGUAUGGAUAAAUCCAUUUGCAAAUUCAUAAUCAUUGCACCAAUAAUUCAGAUCACGGUAGUGGAGAAACCUGCAAUUCUCAAACUCAUGCAGUGUUCCAUAGGCGUAAGCGCUUAAUAAAGAUAUGACCCAACCGAAUUAUUUCAACUGUCCACUUGAAAGAAAAGUCGUGAUAACCGUAUUCUUAAUUUAUUAAUCUUUUAGGCAAUUAGCAAGAAAUUUCAGACAUUUAGCUGACGAUAUGCAGGUUAUAAAAAGUUUCCAGUAUUCCAGUCACGUAUCAACAAUUCUUAACAAUUUGUCUUCUAAAUUUGUGCAAACUUCUCUUUAUGAAUAUUUUUUGCAAAAUCGACCAUUUCUUACAUACUCCCGAAGUCACCUGUUCCCUUUGCACAAGUUUUCAAUUAAUGCGUGUUAAGAUUCACUGUAUUUAUGUUACAUAUAACCUUAUUUAUUACCAGUUCUAGUUGUAACAUAUUGUAAAAAUAUGAUAUAUGAAGUCUUUAUUUAUCUUAAACGUAUAAUGUAAAUAUUUGUAAAUAAUAAAAGAGUUAUUUUACUUAUAUUUUGGUUAUGGUGUUGCAGUGGUGGAUUGUUUUUGAUGUUAGGUGCCUUGCAUCCUUUUUAUAACUAAUAAAAAUAAUACUUUGAA